AUGAGAUGUAUAGAAAUACCAGAAAGUGUUGUAUUCAAUAACAAAGAAAAUGAAUAUGAAAAGAAGAGUCUUUGUAUUUGUUGUAUUAAUGAAGAAAUGAAAAACAAAGGAAUUCAUAUUAACAACUAUAACAUUGAAAGAAUUGGAAUAAUUGCAAUGAAUGAAAUUAUGUAUGGAAGAGAAAGAAUUGAUAGUAUUCAAAUUAGAAAAGUGAAUAAUAAACAAAAGACAAUCAAAGAAGUGAUUGAAGAAGAAGAGAUGAAACAAGAAAAAUGUCAAAUUGAAAUAGGUAUAGGAGGAACAAAUAAUGAGAUGAUAAGUUUUGAUGAACAUGAAAUAAAACAAUACAAAGAAGAAAAGUAUAUUAUAUUUAUUAAAAAGAUAGAAGGAAUUAAAAAAAUUAAACAAGGAAGAAUUGAAAUUGAAAGUGAAGGAAUUAUAGAAAUGAACAAAGAAGAAAUGAAAAAGAUUAAAACAAUAAUAGAAACAAAAGAAAUUAUGAUAAUGUUUAAAACAAAAAAACAAAAUAAAAAAAUAAAUAUUUUGUUUAAUAAUAAAGGAGAAGAAUAUAAAGGAGUUAUUAAUUUAUCAACAAUAAGUUGUAAUAAAGAAGAAAGAAUAAUAAUUGGAUAUAAAAAAGAAAGAAAUAUUAGUAUAAUAUAUCUUGUUAUAGGAAAUUGUACACAAAAAGUUAAUUGUUUUGAAAUAUUUAAAUAUAAUGAAAAUGAAUUAAAUAAACUUUCUAAUUGUCAAUAUAAAUAUAAUGGAUAUGAAAUUAUAUUGUUUUUUCUUAAACAAAUACUGAUAAGAAAUGAUGUAAUAAAUAUAAAUAAAUUAACAUUUAUUAUAUCAAAAUUAUCAUCUAUUUCUUUUUUAUUAACUCAAAAAAUUAUUUCUCAAGUGAUUUCAACAAUUAUACAAAAGAAUGAAUUGAAAACAGAUCUUUUUAUACAAAUUAUUACUAAAUAUAUAGAAAAUAUCAAAACAAUUUCUGAUUUUAAUAUAAAUCCAGAACCUUAUAUUAUAGGAAUUGGAUUUUUCAUUAAUAUGAUUUCACUUGUAUUAGAACAAGAUGAUAUAAAGAAAUAUUGUCAAUCAAAUAUUCAUCAAAUAUUAAUUCAUCUUAUCAAUACAUUUAUUAUUUUUAAAGAUUAUUUGUAUAAAUAUUAUUGUUUUAGAAAUGUAAGUUUAUCAUUUGGGAGAUUAAUUAAUUAA